CCAACUGUAUGGAGGAUGGGACUCUUGGAUGAGGCAGAAGCUUGUAUUGGUUUGACAGGCGGAAGCAUGAAGACUCUGUUGUGUCUGUAUCUGCUCGUGCUCGGAUGCAGCUUCAGCUCCUGCCAGAUUGAUGUUUGCCAUUUGCCAAUGGAUUAUGGUCCCUGCGAUGGGUCGUUUCCCCGGUACUUCUAUGACGUCAGUUCCGGCAAGUGCUCCAAGUUUUAUUAUGGAGGUUGUGCCGGAAAUGCCAACAACUUUAAAAUAUUGCAAGAUUGUGUAGCAACUUGCAGUCAAGUUAAAACAGUGUAACAUGUCUCAUUCAAUGGAAUAUCAUCAUUGUUACAUAGUAAAUAUUGUUCAAAUAAACAAGUUUAUGGA